AGUACCGACCCGUCUUGAAUCCAACACCAACCCACGCCCCCAACUUCCAACCCUGCCCCGGUGCCCUCUCUCCCUCUUGAGUUGCGUGUGCCUAAAAGCGACUCUGGUCUAGCGUUAAGGCGUGAAGAACGAAACAACUCACCUCUCUCUCAGAGCCCAGUUGUCAGCUCGUCGAAUCUGUGAGCUGAAAACUCUAAGAGCGCUCAGUGGUCGGUUAUUCAUGAAUCUGAAAUUUGGAGGCGGCAGGCAGCCGACGGGUACUCCAUCGCUGCCCUGGUCUUGCGCCGUCGUUAUUGCUUCGCUUCUAGCCGGCGCCACCGUCGUCCACAACAUCUUCAAGCCUAAUCUCGCAUUGCCUCCGGUAGAGGUUGUUGAUGGGGCUGAGGGCAAGCAACCCGUAAAAGAAUGAAUGACUUCUCCACCAAAUUGAGACACAAAUGUGCUCGAUUGUGUCACUUCUCAUCAAGUUUGGACUACACUUCAUAGCUUAUUUGCAGCUCCUCCGCCCAUAUUUUGCAGACGCAGUAUCAAUUACCUACCCUUAAAAAAGGUUCUGAGUCUAUUACGGAGUAUCUCCACAAAGCCAAGUCUAUUGCAUCUACUCUGGGAGCUGCGGGACAGCCGCUAUCCUCCUCUGAAUUCAUCAUUUAUCUUCUUGCGGGUCUUGGAACGGACCAUGAGUCCAUUGUCACCUUGAUAACUACUCGACUAGAGCCAUUGACCCCUUCGCAGGUCUACAGACUACAGCUUUCUUUUGAAUCAUGAAUCCCGACUUGCCCAUCAUACUCAAUCCUUACUUUUUGGCCGUCAGCUCACAGCCAAUACUGUUUCUGUUCGACCCCCGGUAUCACCCUCACAGGGUCGUGGUCGAAAUUCCUCUUAUCGUGGUCGCAGAGGAGGCCGUGGUGGUAAUCGCGGUGGCCACUCGGAAUUAUUUUUCUCAAUGUCCAGAUAACCGCCCAGUUUGUCAAGUCUGCCAGAAACCUGGUCACAUUGCCAUGACGUGCUAUCAUUGAUUCAACCACUCUCUCCAGGCGUCUGCUCCUCCGGCUUUCUCAGCUCAUUACAGUCAUGCCUCACUCUCCAUUGCCUCUGGUGCUUGGUUUCCUGACACUGCUGCUACACAUCAUUUCACACCUAAUUUGUCACAUCUUACUUUGGACACUGCCAGUUAUCAGGGCUCUGAGCAAGUGAGCAUCGGGGAUGGCUCUACUCUUCCCAUCCAGAACAUCGGCUCUGCACACCUUCAUUCUCCUUUGGCAAAUAUCUUCUUGGCAAACUUCUUCAUGUUCCUUCUAUUACACGCAAUUUACUUUCUGUCCGUCAAUUUUGUUUUGAUAACUCUGUAUUUUUUGAGUUUCGGAUUUGCAUACCAGGCGGUGCUCCUCCAGCGCCAUGUUAAGGACGGUCUCUAUGUCCUACCUUCAGAUGCUUCGGCCACUCCAGCUACUCCUUCCUCCGUGUCUUCCUCCUCCCCACAUGCUCUUCUUGGUGAAACCAAUCCUCCCCCAGAACUGGCAUUCUCGGUUGAAUCACUUCACGUCAUUUUAGUAGAUUUAAAUAUUAGUACAUAAGGAGAAUUGCGUCUUUGCAAGUCUUUCUAUUUGUACCCGAGACUGAAAACUUUGGUGCAUGGCUCUUUUCCCUUGAAUCGCUUCUCCGGGCAAGAUGGCUAAGCCGGACAACCAAGCCGCCAUGGCCGGUUCAUUUUGGGUCCGAUGUAAUUGACUUUGAUGGGUAGCGUGAUUUAUCGGAAUAACCCGGAGUUAACCGCGUGGGCCCUCGCCCAACACGCACUUUUUGAUUCCCUACCUUUGCCAACCACAUCAUCAUUAGAUGUCGUGAGACAGUGGCCAAGGGAGAACCAGUGUGUUCACACUGGGAAAAAUGAUACCGCCACGUGCACUCGACAGCGCGUGAUUCACCGGAUUUCACUUGAAAACAAAUCUCAAAAUUACGAAUACCCAACGAUUUCCCAUUCUCUACACUCAAAGCAAUUGGGAUUGAAAAACUAACUCAUAAUUUUUUAGAUAUAUUUUACAAUGAAUUUUACUCCUUUCUUAUUUUAUCAUAAGAGUUACGAAGAAGAAAGUAAAAUAUGUAAUAAAUUAAUGAAUAUAUUUUAAGUGUCUUUCGUGAUAUUUUUAAUAAUUAAAGUUUAAAACUUUUACAUUGGUGAUUUUAUGUUGAACCUUGAUAGGAUGGAAUUAGAGCUAAAUUCACUAUUUCUGAUUAUAUAAUCCGAGACCUUACAUAACCAAAAAGACAACUAAAUUUUAAUUUUUAUAUGUUUAAUCCUUUACUUUUUAAAAUUUUUAAUUUUAAUAUUAUUUGUUAAUAGAGAAAAAAUAAGUAAAUCUUCUUAUUUUUCUUUUCUUUUCUUUCAAACAAUUGAUUUGGAGUUUUAAGAAUAUCAAAUAAUAUUAUAAUUUUGAAACAUGCUUUGUUGUAUCAAAUUGUCAGUCGGGUAUGUAUUUUUUUUAAGAGAAUGUCAAUUAUUUUUUUUGAAAAAAUAAUUAUAUUAUGUAUAUAUACACACAUACUAUAUAUAAAAGUAUGAAUAGUAAAAAUCAUUUUGUAAACAAAAUACCUUUAUCUUUUUAACUAACUUUUCUAAAAGAUGUAAUUGUAAAUCAAUUUAUUGACAAAAGUAUUCUUAUUUUUAAAAGUAAAUUUCUAUAAACCAACAUUUCUAUAAAAAAGUAAUUUUUUAUAUUAUAUAAGUAUAUGAGUAGUGUAAAUCAUCUUAUUAACAAAAAUAUUCUUAUUUUAUUAAAUUAAGAUCAAAUAUUCUUAAAAGAAGUAAAUUUUUAUAAUACAUAUAUAAAAUAAUUCAAUAAAAAUUAAAUUAAAUAACACAUUUGGAAUGUCUAGAACUUAAUGUUUGAACUUAAAGAAAAAAUUUUAUUUAAUUGAAAAAUAAAUUAAACUAAAAUCAUAUCUAUCCAUACUAUAAUAAUAAAAGUGUAAAUAGAGUAAAAUAUUUUGUGGCGAAAAUAUCCCUAUGAUUAAAAGCAAUACAAAAGAGUGUUGUUAAAAGAAAAUAAAUUCAACCAAAAUCAGAUUAAGUUACAUUUAUAAAGUUUUGUUUAGAUAUGCUAAAUUUUCAUCUAAAAAAGGAAACUCUUAAUAGCAAAAAAUAUAUAAAAGUACAAAUAUAUAAUUUUGUAGAUAAAUAUUAUUAUCUUUUUAGAAGUAAAAUACUAUUUUUAAAAAAAUUAAAUUAAUUUAAAUAAGUAUACGUUCAAAAAUUUUAUUUUAAAUAUGUCAGGAUUUGGACCUAAAAAUUUUAUUUUAUUCAAAGAAUAAAAUAGAUAUAUUAUAAAUAUAAAACAAAAUAGGUAAAUUUCUCCAAUGCCUUUUAAAAGGUAAAUGGUAAAAGAAAGGGUUGUGACCAUCAUAAGCCAUGUGAUGAGUAAGAGAAGAUGGCUUUCAAUAAUUUACUUUGAAUUUUAUCCAAACUUAAAUUUAAUAGUCAAUGCUUUUAAAUAGUACUUGAGAUAAAUGUCACCAUAAAAUUGGAGAAAAAAAAAUGCCCAUAUGUCCAAGCAUGAUAGAUUUUUUUUUUUUCCUACCAACUAAAUAGGUUGUAUCCAGACUCAUUUGUAAUAUAUAUAUUUUUUUUAUUUUAUUUAUUAUUAAUUACUACUAAUAAGAGAUUAUUGGUUGUUCAAAAAAUACAAUUAGACUACUUUAGAUUUUUUUAAUAUAUUAAAUAAUAAUUUUUAGUUAAAAAGUAAAGAGAUAAAAAGAGAGAAGGCAAAUUAGUCAAAAAAAUAUAAGAAUAAAAUGUUAGCGAGAUUUUUUAAACUGUCAUCAACAUUAUUUAUUAUUAUUAUUAUUAUUGUAUAGUAUAAUACAUUACUUCCGAUAUUAUUUUGCAUUUUCAAAAAUUUUGUGAAAUUUAUUAGGGGCUAUUAAUGGCAUUAAAAUAAAAUAGAUUCUUUGAAUGUUGUCAUUUAUAAGGAUAGGUACAAAAGAUGUGCAUUUACUAUAAACUAGCAACAUUAAAUAAAUAAAAUUGCAGCGAGCCGGUCCAACUGGCAUCAUUGUCAAUUUUUAGGAAAAAUCAAGUCAAAUUAUGGCUAAUUGGUAAUUCCAUCGUCUUCCUUAAAACUCUCUCACGUCAUUCAUUGAUUCUCAGCCAUUGAAGCCAGCCUCCAAACCCAGUACAAAUUUGGUAAUUUUCGCAUCUUUUUCUUUCCGCGUCUGCCGACAUUAUCUAUAAAUACCUCUGGCAACUCCAUCUCCCCCGUUCCCUCCUCUCCUUCUCAUACGUCCCCGGCCCCAACAAUGGCGACCACCAACGCUCCACAGCCGUCCGUACGCCACCUGAUCCUCCUCAUCUCCGCCGUCUUCCUCCCCACCGCCCUCUCCAUCGGCGUCAACUACGGCACUCUCGGCAACGACCUCCCCCCGCCCGCCCAGGUCGCCUCCUUCCUCAAGACCCAGACCACCAUCGACCGCAUCAAGCUCUUCGACACCAACCCCGACAUCCUCCGCGCCUUCGCCGGCUCCGGCAUCUCCGUCGCCGUCACUGCCGCCAACGGCGACAUCCCCGCCCUCGCCAAGCUCUCCAUCGCCCAGUCCUGGGUUGCCAACAACAUUUCCCCUUUCCACCCCAAAACCCGCAUCUCCCACGUCCUCGUCGGCAACGAGAUCAUGGCCACCGCCGACAAGAACCUCAUCAGCCACCUCGUACCCGCCAUGCGCACCCUCCACGCCGCCCUCAAGCUCGCCGGAAUCACCGACAUCUCCGUCACCACUCCCCACUCCAUGGGCAUCCUCGCGGUGUCGGAGCCCCCCAGCCUCGGCCGCUUCCGCCGCGGAUACGACAAGGCUGUGUUCGGACCCAUGCUCCAGUUCCUGAAAGAUACCAAAUCGCCCUUCAUGGUUAACCCGUACCCGUAUUUCGGCUACUCGCCCAAGAUGGGCAACUACGCGCUGUUCAAGAGGAACCCUGGAGUGCACGACAGGUUCACCGGGAUUACGUACACCAACAUGUUCGACGGCAUGAUGGACGCCGUUUACUCGGCGAUGAAGGCGUUGGGGUACGGUGACGUGGAGAUCGCAGUGGGUGAGACGGGGUGGCCGUCCGUGGCGGAGCCCAACCAGCCCGGAGUGAGCCCGCAGUUCGCUGCCACGUAUAAUGGGAGGCUGGUGUGGCACGUGACCUCCGGGAAGGGGACGCCGUUGAUGCGCGGCCGGAAGUUCGAGACUUACCUGUUCGCGUUGUUCAAUGAGAAUCAGAAACCCGGUCCGACCGCCGAGAGGAACUUUGGGCUGUUUAGACCGGACUUCUCUCCGGUUUAUGACAUUGGCAUUAUGCGAGGUUCACAGGGCGGCGGGCACAAAUUCAGUCCGACGCCGGCGACACCGGCCUCAGGGAAGAAAUGGUGCGUGGCGAAGCCUGAGGCCACCGACCCUCAGUUGCAGAGCAAUAUAAACUACGUGUGCAGCUUGGAAAACGUGGAUUGCAAGCCGGUUCAGGCAGGCGGUGCGUGCUUCAACCCCAACUCCGUCAGGGCACAUGCUUCCUACCUCAUGAACUCCUACUACCAGACCUCCGGCCGCCACGAUUACAACUGCGACUUUUCCCACACCGCCGUCCUCACCACCAUCGACCCCAGUACCCAAGGAUGCAAAUACGUGGCUUGAGAAGUUAAAGUUGCAUGGCAGCGUCCGUAUUAGAGAGUGGCAGUGCCCAUUUCAAGCUCUUAACCCUUUCUUUUAAAAAAAAAAAAAAAAAAAAUACUGAAAAAAGAGAAUGGGAGAUUUUCCAAUUCUCCCAUUACUAAUUUACUGCUCUGUUAAUUUACUGCGUUAAGUGUAUUUUUUAUAACGCGCCACCCGCUCACGGUAAAUGCACUUUGUGGCUCUGGGAAAAAAACAAAGAAAUAUUUCCAUGACAGUGUUAUUGUGGCUGCUAUUUUAGACCAUGUACAACGUGCUGUGAUUUUAUUGGUUAACUAAUUGACCAUUAAUUGAUUCUUGUCAUAAA